UCAAACAGCUUGUUAUCAGUGACACGGUCAAUUUAUUCUUUCUUUUUUUUUCAUUUGGCUUCAAAGAGGUGUGGUGGUGUGCGAGGCUCGACUAGUGUUGACAGGAUUACGGACCCAUCGGACGUUAUAUAUAAAACGCGAUUAAGAGCGUUGGCCGGUACAAUUCUUUUCCACAGGCGGAUCGCGUAGCAGGCAGCGUGACAAGAAGUAAACUUCGAACAGUUUCAGGAACAAGCCGAUCUACCGUGAAAGUCAUUUGCUUUGCUGCUUUACUAGUGAUAACAGUGAAACAUGAUGACCACCAAGCUUUUGUUGCUGUUCAGCGUUGCAGCCUUGGGGCCCCUGUUUAUCCUGGGCGACGAACCGAAUCAAAUCGACGUGGAUAGUUUGCGCCAGCAUUUACCAGCCAACCUGCAGAAUCUAUCGAUUCCGGACUUUGACGAAAUCGAAAAGGCUCUGAAGGAUAAGUGUGUCCAGGCAGGUGGCACGGAAGCUUCCUAUGAACAGGUUAAACAAGGUGCCAAGGAUCUCGCCAACUGCAUUAAGGGACUCGUUGAUGUGGAUCAAUUCCGCCGGGAAGUCGAAGAGGCUAAACCGACCGGUGAUCUGGACACCGUAUUCAACAAGUACUGCCGCAAGCGAAACACCCUGCUAGAAUGCGUAAACACCUUUUCGAACACGAUCGAUCCCUGUCUAGAUGACGAUGAGGAACGGCACAAGGGACACGGAGUGGAUGUAUUCAAAAACUUGCUGAACUUUGUCUGUCACAAGGAUGGUGAUCAAAUUGCGCUAUUCAUCGCUGAGAAGGGCCCGGAAUGUUUCCUAGAGCAAAAGGACGAUUUGAUCCAGUGCGUCAACGGAACCUUCUCCAAGUAUCUCAGGGACGUUGAUAUGACAACAACGACUACGACGAUUCCGAAACUGGUUAUCGGUCCGAAGCAGUGCGAAGACUUCCACACAUUGCAGGCCUGCUUGGUGAGGGAACUGGAGCAAUGUCAGGAAUCCACUCCGGCCAAUCUUGUGGAAUCGUUGUUCAAAUUCAUGAUGAAGGGUUCACCAUGUGAUCCGAAGAAAAAAAAUAGUCGCAAAUGAGCUUCAUCAGAUUGCUUGCGUUUUCUGAUCAGAUCCCCCGUUGUAAAUGAGUAAUAAAUUAUAUUUUUUGUAAAAACAAA